UGUGUUAUUUGACGUGAUACAGUGUUGUUGUGGCAGUAAAAAUGUUAAAACAUAUGCUGUUUAUAAUUACAAUGUGUUCUAUGGUUGCUAAUUCGAUUGCUGAUACUUCUCCAAAAAUACUCAUAGACAAUGACGCGGGCGGUGACGAUGCAAUGGCAAUAUUCCUGGCACUUUUGUAUGAAAAACAUUUUAACGGCCCCAAACUAAUUGGGUUGACGACCGGAAUUGGAAACACAAAUGAAGACAAUGUGUAUAUAAACAACCAACGUAUAUUGAAAGUAGCUAAAAGACAGGAUGUACCUAUAUAUAGGGGUUCGAAGACAUCACUCGUGAACACCCCUAAAACUUCCGAUUAUUACGGAAAAGACGGUCUCGGUGAUUCCGGUGAAGUAGUGACAGAUCUCGUCCCUGCUAAGGAGCAGGGAGCAGUUUCUGCGCUCAUUGAGUUGUCUAAGACGUAUGAAGGUCAAUUAACAGUUGUAACUUUGGGUGCUCUUACAAAUGUCGCUAUGGCUAUUAAACUUGACCCAAAUUUUCUCAACCGACUGGCACAGUUGUAUAUAGGCGCUGGACACAUUUAUGGUGAAGAUAUACCAGACGCAGAGUUUAACGCAGAAAUGGACGUUGAAGCGUACCACGUAGUUGUACAACACGCGACACCCGAUAAAGUUACUAUAUUCCCGUUCUCGCAAACGAUGCGUUACUUAAACUUUUCAAAGACAUGGAGAGAGGAAGUGUUAGGCGCAAUAAACACAGAUAUAAUUAAAGCACAGAAUUUGUAUGAAAAAGUUUCUCUUACAAGAUCUGAUAGAUGGCAGGCCCUCGACCCUGCGACGGUAGCGCUUGCUGUCAAACCCGAUUUAGUUGAUGAAUACAAGUAUUCCAAGAACGACAUUAUUUUAUGUGGUGAAAAAAGAGGCAUUAAUACAAACACUUUCGUUGAGAAAGAAAACGCUAAUGUACGAAUAGCUUAUUCGGUGAAAACAGAAGUAUAUCGACAGUUUCUUCUAGAUUUAUUCGCUCAUGAGUAAUUUUUGCAAAAUUUUAGAAUUAUGUAUUAAAAUAAACUCUUCAAUAAAUA